CCUCUAGAGCUAGGUAUCACCAUUCAAAAUACCGCAGCCUCUUAUGCGAACAUAUGCAUCUUGUGUCACUACUGAAAACUACAGAUCGAGUUUAUAUGCAGCUAGCAGAUCCAGAUACCACAAGUUAAAUAUCAAUUAUUCAACUUCGGAUCAUGGAUAAUGAACGAUUCAUCUGGGAGCAGAAGCAAGUACCAACACAAGAAGAAGAAGAUCGUGAUUAUGAAAGUCAAAGUAGUAGCUAUGGCAACACUAACCAUCAGACCAUCGGAACCACUCCGACGGAUGAUGAUGUUUACGGCCGUUUCAUCUCUCAGUAUUCAACUUUACCUCCGCCUUCGUCGAUGAUGAUGAUAACGCCUCAAUUACAAAAUCAUCAACCGAUUGCUCCACCAGAUCAUCAUCGUCAACAAGAAACAACUUUGAAGAGACAUUACAGAGGAGUAAGGCAAAGGCCAUGGGGAAAAUGGGCAGCCGAGAUACGCGACCCUAACAAAGGCGCCCGUGUUUGGUUGGGUACAUUUGAAACAGCGGAGGCUGCAGCCGCGGCUUAUGAUCAAGCCGCACUUAAGUUCAAAGGGGCAAAAGCCAAACUCAACUUCCCAGAGCGUGUUCAAGGCCGCUCUGAGCUUCGUUACAUAUCAACAACCACCACAACACAACCGCCCGCUGCCACCUCAUCACAGCCUCCUAAUCCUACAUCACAUCAAUCCAUAGCCACAAAUUAUCCAGACUUCCUUCAGUAUGCACAACUUCUUUCAAGCAAUGAAGCUCAGUUGCGUUACUUCACUUCAGAUCUCUACCCUCAUAAUAUCAACAAUGCUGAGGUAUAUGCUUCACACCAAUCUUCUUCACCGACCGUUGGAUCAUCGUCAGUAUCUUAUCAGCCACACUACACCAAUGAUCCGGGCUUGUCAUCCGAUUUAGAGUCGGAUCAACGCAUAGAUUGGGACAAGUGGAAAGAUGCUUUUGAUCCCAAUAGGAAGUCAUGAGUUAUGCCAAUCAAAUGCAAAGGUUGUGCUAUUGCAUUUGGAUUUAUGAAUCACUAGAAUAUACGUUUGUGGGCUGAUUAAUUAUAGAAAUAUAUGUGAGAGUUUUGCUUGCAUUAUUUAAGCAUGCAAAGCUCCGUUAAGAUCCAUGAAGACAUAUGUAAGAACAUUAAGGUUGCAUUAUUUAUGCAGCAGUUGUUAGGAUCGUUAUGAUUUUCCGUA